CAGCACACGCAUCGUCGCCCACUGGAUUGUUUGUUGUCAGAAGUUUUAAGAAGAGAAAACGUUUGAAAAUACAGUGCAGUAUAUUGCUAUGUCGGUUUUAGUAAAAACAUUGACCGUAGGCGGCUGGGUUGGUGUAUUUUCUGUUCUCGGAUGGUCAUUAAUGAAAUUUGUAACUCCUUCUAGGGAAGACAUGCUUAAGGUGCUACCAGAGCAAAAUCCAGAAUAUAUGACAGAAUCAAGGAAGCGUUCACAAGACUUUUUAGACGUGAUAAAAGCAGCUGCCGAAACAGAUAAGGCAAUUCACUACAGGGACAACUUUGAAGAUCUGAAGGCGAGUUUGAAGAAAGAUUGAACACAUGCACAGGGCAUACAUCAUCCUAACACGGUGCAAUUAUAUCUGCCUUUGUUCCCCGCAACUUUUAUAUAGCCGAUAACAUAUCUGUGUCUUGUUCAAUCUUCUCAUUUAAAUCAUUAUUUUAAUUAAAAGUUGUCUGUGGGUUUCUGACACAAUCUAUGAUGUUGUGGAUUAGAUGAUAUGCACCUCUGUCACCAGUUGCCAUGAUGAGACAUUUUGGAUAGCAGAAAGCUGUAGGAGUGUGUCUAAAAGCACAUUAUGAAACAGAGUAACCAACAUACACCAACAAUUAUGAAGCUGUUUGACUUUUCAACUACAUAAACAUUUUUAUAUAAAACUUAAUUAUGAACAUGUUUGCUUUUGAGUAGAGUUACAAUACAGUAUUUAGUUAUGUAUAUAAUUUUGAUGACCAUUGAAGUUCAAGAGUCGCACAAGCAUACGAGGCAGAAAUCAAAUCAAAAAGAAAAAAUGUGUAUGUCAAGGACUGGCAAUAAAAUACUACUGCACUUUUUGAUAAGAUGAAUACAUCCGAAGACUUAUUUUUAUUAAAUUUAUUAUUAAAUACAGUU